AUGGGCAACAAUUCUCUGACCCCACGGACAGAGCUUUAUCUCGAAGGUCCUGAUGCCACAGGACUCAAUACUGUCGACAUCUGGACAACGGGACCGGAUCUGGCUUCGGGUGGUGAUGAAAGGCUCUGGGUCAUAUAUAUUCACGGAGGGGCCUGGCGAGACCCUAAGGUGGACUCAAAGAGCUUUGCGCCAGCCGUUGAGGUGCUCUUCAACUCCUCUCUGAAAGACUCAAUUGCAGGAUUUGCAUCCAUCAAUUAUCGUCUCUCUCCAUACCCGUCCCAUACCAAGGAUCCCAGCUGUCCUGAUGACAGAUCCAGAAAUGUGCAUUACCCUGCUCAUCUCGUGGAUGUCUCACGCGCUCUUUUGUACCUGGACGACAAAUACAGGAUCAACAAUCGCUACAUUGUGGCGGGGCACAGUGCUGGUGCCUGUCUAGCCUUCGAACUCAACAACUGGUAUUUGCCAGGUGCCCAACUACCUCAACCGGCAUGUGUACUUGGAAUAUCUGGAAUCUACGAUCUGGAGGCUUUCAUCGAGGCUCACAGUGAGAUUCCGGCUUAUCGGACUUUGAUAGAGAAUGCCUUUCCCGAUAAAAGCGUAUGGGAAGAGGCUUCCCCAAACAAAAGUCACCUAUCCGAAAACGCAAAAUGGCAGAAUGCCAGGGCUAUCAUAGUCUCACACUCUGAUGAAGAUGAACUCGUUGAGAAAGCUCAAGCAUCUUAUAUGCUGGAGCGUGCACGGAUGGCCCCAAGUGCCAACGAGAAGAUACAUUUUCUACCAGCAACGGGCGCCCACGAUGAGAUUUGGGAGAGUGGCUAUAUCCUGGCCAGCCUCAUCACCAAGUCCAUUGAAAUCCUUCGGUCAUCUCCCAAAGACCCAAUCAGUACAUGCUGA